AUGCAAAAAAAUCGUAUAGCUGCUACUGCUUCUCAAAAACUUUGUUUGUUUCGUCUUUUCCCUUUCAUAUUUAAUGAUUUCAUACAUGCUGUACCAUCAAUAAUAGUUUAUAAACAAUUACGUGAUAUACUGGACUUAAUAUUAUCGACACCAUUCAGAAAGCAGUGGUUACCUGUUUUGCGAGAUUUAUGUAUUGGUUUUCAUGAAUCGAUGCUUUUACAUUUCCCAACUAAAAUGAUACCUAAAGUUCAUUUUGCAUGUGAAUAUGAUCAGAUUAUAAAUGAUUUUGGUCCAUCAGAACGUGAAAAGUUACUCACUAGAAGCAAUGAUGAUUUGAUACAAUCUGAUAAUUCAUCUUCAGUUUCUUCAAAUAAUCUUAACUUAUCAUCAUCUUCUUCAGGAUCAAUAUCUGACAAUGUUUCAAAAGAAUUUGUGAAUAAUGUGACAUCCGCAUCCGAUCAAUCAUUAAUUGUACAAGAAAUUAGCGGAUCAUUUCCAGAUAAAUAUGUUAUUCCACCUAUGCCAAAUGCUUUAGCUAAAGAUAUACAAGAAGGAGCAUUAUAUAAAUUUGGUCCACAUUGUUCUAAUCGUCAAAUUCUAAUUGAAUGUAUUGUUGAUGAUAUGAUAAGCCAAUAUAACCUGUUUUAUCCUAAUCACAAACAAUUUCAAAUUAUCGGUGAAUCCAUCGUUGAAUAUUUAAAGUUACCAUUAAUACAACAAAAUAUAAUUUUGUUAUCGACCUAUAAUGAUAAAGCAUUACAAGAAAUUCAAACAAAAGCUGAAAAGUUGCGAAAUGUUUCUCAAAUUGAUUUAAGUACUCAACUUCAGAUUUGGCAAGAAACUGUGCACUUUAGGCGGCAGUCUAUCCGUAAUAGACUUACAGCAGAAAUUCUUAGAGAAUUUCCAGGUUAUUCAAAUCCUCUCUUUGUAUUUGAAGAAGUCAAAAUAACUAUGAACGUUGAUUUAAGUGCUGUCGUCAGACAACAGAUACCGGUGUUACUUGAUAAAAUGGUUGAAGUACCUGCGUUUAUAACUGAUUCACCAGCUAUUCGACUCGUUAAAGUGCUAUGUCGACAUUUUGAUGAAACUGUACAUCACACGUUUUCUGAUACAGAACCAUCAACGCCAUAUCCAACAUUAAUUUUUAUUAAUGAUCAAAUUCAUGUUUAUGUUGAUUUUAUUCCAAUUGUUUCAACAACAUCACCAGAUGAUGCUGUUGCACUUCUUAUCGCAAUGUAUAGCAUAUUCGAAUUGAACUUUAACAGAAAUAGUCGUGCAAUACGAUUCCUUUAUUCAAUUCUUCAUAGCGAUAAACGUUUUCUUUCUAAUGCCAUGCGUCUGUUAAUCAAAGAGAAAGAUAUUUCUAUUUGUAAGGAAAUAAAUCAAGAAAAAAAUUCAUCUUCACAUGACAUUUGUACAAAUUCAACGGUGCUUGUGAGCGAUUCACAAAUCUCAACAAAUAUUAACAUCAUCACAGAAGCUACUUCUAUCAAUGAAGAAAAUGAAUAUGAUCCUCCAGGUGAAACGAAUUCAUGUUCUUCCAACUAUGCACUUAAUUCAAAUAUAAAACGGUUGAUUAAUGCAAAUGAAUCAUCACAGAAUGUCACAGAAACAUCUUCUUCGUUAAUUGAUUCUCAAAAUCAGAAAAUUAUUUCUCGCAAACGAACACAAGGACAUACCACUAUGACAGAAGAGAAUCAGAAUUCUAUUGUUGUCAACUAUGAUGAAGAAGAUCAUGAUCUUCAAGAAAAUAUUAUACCAUCGAAUGAUUCAACAUCCGAUAUUGUUAUUCGAAAAGUCAAACGAAAACGCCGUUAUUAA